CGUUCUUGCCUUUGUUGUGACUUGCUGUUUCUUACAUUUAGGGUCGUUGCUAUCUUUAUCUUUUGUGCUAAAGGAAGGGGACCCCUACUCUUGUUGGCUUGACUAUUCCUUCCUUCUACCGCUGCCAAUUGUCUUUGAUAUAGAGAGUUAUCACAAGAGCGGUGCCAUUGAUAUAUCCCACCCUUUUUGUUAUCCAUCCGUUGACAACAAUUCCAUCCAUUCACAACUUUGAAACUCCUCUUCAGCUUCUUCUCGUCGAUAACAAUCACAUCAACCCACCACCCAGCAUGCCUGCCUCCGGCCCCGCAGCCACCAAGACAAAGUACAGCUUCACCGACGACUACAGCGAGGGCGCCCAUCCCGACGUGCUCAACGCACUGCUGCUCAGCAACAACUCCCAAGAGGUCGGCUAUGGCCACGACAGCUACAGCGAGACGGCCCGCGAGCUGAUCCGCCGCCAGCUGGGCUGCGACGACGUCGGCAUCUUCUUCGUGCCCAGCGGCACCUCGGCCAACGCAAUCAGCAUCGCCGCCUGCCUGCGUCCACACGAGGCCGUCAUUGCCUGCAGCUCCGGCCACAUCGUCACGCGCGAGACGGGCGCCGUCGAGGCCAGCGGCCACAAGAUCAUCAACGUGGCGCCCAAGGACGGCAAGCUGACGCCCGAGUCGCUGACCAAGGCCCUCGACGACAACUGGCACUUCCCGCACAUGGCCCGCCCGCGCCUCGUCUACAUCUCCAACGCCACCGAGGUCGGCACCGUCUACACAAAGGCUGAGUUGACUGCCCUGAAGCGUCUCUGUGAGGCCAAUGGCCUGCUGCUCUUUUCCGACGGCGCGCGAAUCGGCGCUGCCCUGACGUCCAGCAUGAACGACAUGACGCUCACCGACAUGCUGGAGCUCACCGACAUCUUCUGGAUCGGCGGCACCAAGAACGGCGCCCUGCUCGGCGAGGCCGUCAUCGUCAAGGACCCCAAGCUGGCCGAGGACUUUGAGUUCUUCGUCAAGCAGCACGGCUCGCUGCUCGCAAAGGGCCGCGUCAUGGGCGUCCAGUUCGCCGAGCUCUUCCGCGACGACGACAGCCUGUACUUUAAACUCGCCGGCCGUGCCAAUCUGGCCGCCGAGAAGCUGUCGCGGUCCAUUGUCGGCGCCGGCUACCAGCUCAGCGCAAAGACGGAGACGAACCAGGUCUUUGCGCUGCUGCCCCAGGGCCUCGUCAAGGCGCUGCAGCAGGAGUUUUCGUUUUACGAGUGGGAAAAGUAUGGCGAGUUUUCCGUCGUGAGACUCCUGACUACCUGGGCCACGGAUCCGGCCCAGCUGGAGAGGUUCAACCAGAUUGUGCUGAGCUGGACUCCUGACGCGCAAAAGACACUAUAGAGCGCUUUUUAAAACUCUUUUUUUCCCACACGUUUGUUUUGCUUUCAAGAACAACUAGCGCAAUUUCUCUUCUCUUCAUUUUUUUUUUCUCCUUUUUCUUAUUAAUGGGAAUGAUCGGUCGGGGUCGCAUUGUUAGGCAUGUAGAUUUGUGAUUUGAGCGACAACUGUUGAGGCAUUGGGUCUAUUGUGGCGUUUGGGAAAGUCUUGGAUUUGGGCUGGAAACAAUGAGAUAUAGAAAAGCCUUGGGUCCAACUUUAAUAAACUACGUUAUGUCUAG